CAUUUCCACAGCUUGACAUAGUACCGUAAAAGAAUUUGCUCUCUUGAAUUGAAUUCUUUCCUCUCCUUUCUCAAUAGCCAUGCUCUUUCUACACAUCCAAAGGCAUGAUGUGAGUCAGGGUAGACAUUGAGAACUAUAGAGGCUAUUCAUAUAUAGCUUCUCAAACUUCCUGCUGGGUAGCCAAAAAGAUCUACCUUUCUGGCUUUCUUUCAGAGGCAGAGCCAAAAACUUUUAUCUACAGUCUAAGAGUAGGCUGAUCUUCUUAUAAUAGGUGAAGAGGUCAGCUGGGUGGCUCAGUGGAUUGAUACUGCAGCAGAUGAGAGUGCUGACUGGGAGUCAGGAGAAUCUGAGUUUGAUCCUCAACCACUCACAACAGUAUGGCCCUGGGUGAGUCACAACUUCUGUCUCAGUUUCCUCAAUUGUAAAGGGAUCAUAGUAUCUACUUCACAAUCAUGGAAAGGAUGAGAUAAUAUGUGUAAAAUACUUAGCACAUAGGGGAUACUUAAACCCCUUCCCAUCCUCCUUUCCUACUGUGGGAUUCAGCAGAUUUGCUAAGGACCUUGAGUCCAGUUCCUAUCUUCCACUGUUGUAUUUCAUCCUUUUCCUUCCCCAAGACAAAUCCAGUAAACCAGGUUUAGGAUCCUCUCCCUUCCCGAUGUUCUUUUCCUUCCUCAUUGAAUCCAGUCCUGGUUUCCUUGCCGCCUGUCAUCUUUCUUCUUCUCUUCCUCCUCUUCUCCCUCCCUUCCUGGGCUCUCUCUUUGCUAACACCCCCUCCACCGUCACCCCCGCCCAUCACCGUCUGUCUCCUCAGUUCCCACUCUCUCCCACUCUGCUCAGCUUGCCAGUCCAGCAGCUCUACUUUCGCUCUCUUAGCCACCUGGUCCAGUAGCAAGACCUAGCAGCUGAGGAGGAGGAAUAGAAGCGAUUGCCAGGAAUUCCCACGCCGCCUCGCCGCCCCUGGGGGUUGGCGGGGAAGGAGCAGCUGGGGAGCCCCCCAGAAGCACUUCUGAAGACAAUGCACUCAGCGCUCUGCAACCACAGUCCAGUCUCCUCUUCCUCCGGCUCCUUCCCGCCGCCCCCCGCUGCCUCUCAGCUGCAGCCGUUCUUCCUCCGGGGGGGCUCCUACCGCAGCUGCCGGAGGGGCUCAAAGGAUAGCAGCACCAGCACCAGCACCAGCACCAGCACCAGCAGGGGAGGAGGAAGGAACCGAGGCAGGGGAGGCAGUGGCUUCGGCGGCUCCCCGAGCAGCAGCACGGGAGCGGAGCGGGAAGACGAAGACGAAGAGAGCAUCAGUAUUAGCAAACCUCUGGUGCCCGCCUCUGCUUCUGGCCCCCUGGAACCCCCUUCUCAGGCAGGCGCUCAGCUGAUCCGUCACGCCGCCUUUUCCUCCUACUCUUCCUCAAAGUCCACCUCCAGCUCCUCUAGUAGUAUGACCGCAGUGGAUUUCGCUGGUGGGGGUGGAGUGGGACCAAUUGGAGGGCCGGGGGGCCGUUCAUCCGGGGGCCCCAGUGGGCCCAGUGGUGGCAGCGGCUCCUCCUGCUGCUCCUGCUGCUGCUGUUGCUGUGGCCACUCCGCUAGGCCCCCUCACCGCGGUCGGCGAGGCUGCUGUGCCCCAACUUCUGAGUGCAAAUGGGGCUACCAGGCACUGUCCGUGGUGCUGCUGCUGGCUCAAGGUGGGCUACUAGACUUGUAUCUCAUCACUGUCACCGAUCUGUACUGGUGCUCCUGGAUCGCCACCGAUCUGGUGGUCGUGGUUGGCUGGGCCAUUUUUUUCGCGAAGAACAGCCGGGGCCGUAGAGGAUCAAGUGCCGGCAGCUCACACAACCACUACCAGCACCAUCACCACUCAGCACCCCCACCUCUUCACCUGCCUGCUUCCUCAGGCGCAGCGGUGGGAGCCGGGGCUGGAGGCAAAGUCCGGGGCCGCGGUGGUGGGGGCGGCCUGGGAGAUGGUUUGGACUCUGUGGGGUCCGGGGGAGAAUUCGCUUUUGCUUAUUUGGCCUGGCUGAUCUACUCCAUUGCCUUCACACCUAAGGUGAUUUUGAUACUUGGCACGUCCAUCCUGGACCUCAUCGAACUACGAGCGCCUUUCGGUACCACUGGCUUUCGUCUCACUAUGGCGCUGUCUGCGCCCCUGCUCUAUGGUUUGGUACGGGCCAUUAGCGAGGCAGGUGCCCCUUUCGGAACGGCAGGACCCCUGCUCUUGCAACCUCAGCAGCACCGUGCCGCUGGCUGUUUCCUGGGCACAUGCCUAGACUUACUGGACAGCUUCACCCUGGUGGAGCUGAUGCUAGAAGGCCGGGUGCCUCUGCCUUCCCACCUGCGCUACCUGCUUAUUUCUGUCUACUUCCUGACCCUCACUUCUCCAGUGCUCUGGCUCUAUGAACUCAAUACCGCCGUCCCAACCAGUGCCCCUUCCUGGGGGUCCGGGGCUGGGGGAUGUAGCAGGCUCUUGCGAUUGUUGGCUGGCUGCUUGGUGGAUGUGCCCCUGUUGGCCCUGCGCUGCCUUCUGGUGGUGAGCUACCAGCAACCACUCUCUGUCUUCAUGCUCAAGAACCUCUUUUUUCUUGGUUGCCGGGGAUUGGAGGCCCUAGAGGGCUGUUGGAGCCAAGGGAGUCUGGGUUCCCCCAACAGGCUCCGGGGAGGUUACGGAGUCCCUCCCCCAGCUCCGCCCCCAUCGCCGCCACCACCCACCCCACAGGGAGGUACUCAGUUGGGUCACUGCAUCCCAGAGAAUGACUCGGGACCCCAUGGCUAUGUCAAUACCCUGGUUGUUUCCUCCCAGAAUUAAGGAAGGAGAAGAAUGUUCUCUUCUAUUUCCCUCAUACCUUGACUUAUACUUCCUACUUCCCACCCAUGUUUCCACAUGUCUUUUCUAUGUUUCCUUUUAGAUCUGGAUCAGGUAAUUCGUUAGGAAGGGGUGAGGGCUGUACAAGGAGGAGUCCCACCACCAUUUUAUUGUUCUCCUGUAAGAGUUAUUUUCUGGGGUGAAGAGCAGUAGAUGGUGAGGAAAUCAGUUUUUUUAAAAAAUAGAUUGCAAAUUCAUCUUUUCUUUUCCAGAAUCAAGCCUUCCAAGGAACAGCAAACAAGCUGAAGAUCUACUUCCCAUUCUUGCUCCUCAUCUUCCCUAUAUCCACCAAUAGACCUGAUUUCCCACACAAACCAUGUACAUGGACAGUCAUUGUAGGAGAAGACAUAGGAAGGGGAGGAUAGUGGAGGGAAACUGAGUCUUGGCCAAUUUAAUCCCUGGUCUUGAUCUCAGAAAUAUUAUUACUCCUUGUAUAAGGCCCUACAUACUGUGGUUGGUGAUAACCUAUGCCCAAGCUGUGAUAUUGGAUCCAACCACUUUGCUCUCUUGUCUUUGAUGAACUUUUUGCAAAUAGAGACAAACUUGUAUAGAACAAGGAGCACUGGCCUUGGAGUCAGAUAACCUGAAUUAGAAUUCUGUCUCUGCCAUAAACUUUCUGUAAUAACUUGGGCAAUCUACUUAACCUUUCAGGCCUGUUUUCUCACUUGUAAAAUGAAAGGUUGGACUAGGUGAUCUCAAAGGUCCCUUCCAGCUCUUGAUUUUUAUGAGUGAUGGCUGUAGUAUGUGAUAGUGAGUGAAUGUGUGUAUGUGUGUGUACUAUUUGUCACUUACCAGGUGACCCUUUCCAGUUGGUAAGAGACUUAAAAAGAUAUAAGCUUUGCUCACUUCCCUUCCCCAACUGCCCAACUUUCCACUCUUACUUGAACAUGAUAUCUUAGAGAACACUGGAUCUGGAAUCAAAUGUGCUGGGUUAAUAUCCUGGUUUUGCUAAUAACUACCUUUGUGACCUUAGGCAAAUCAUUCUGCCUUUCCAGACCUCAGUUUCCUAAUCUAUAAAUGAAGGGACUUGAAUAGAGUGGAAAGAAUGCUGGCUUUGGAGGCAAAGGAUCUGGGCUCAGCUCCCAGCUCUACUACUUACUACCUGGGUGAUCUUGGGCAAGUCAUUUAAAACUCUCUGAGCCUCAGUUUUCUCAUCUGUAAAAUGAGGGGGUUGGAUUUAGAUAGCCUCUAAGGUACCUUCCAGCUCUAAAUUUAUAAUUCUAUGAUCCCUAACUUCCCUUCCAAUUUCAAAUCCUAUGAUCCUAUGAACUCAUGGCUAUGCAUCCCUGAGUGAGUUGAGCCCCUGGGAACUAUCCAGAUGUUUUCAGGCAGGGUAAAUGUUUGCUCCUAUCCCUUCCCAGUCCUGCUCUCCUCUAAAGCUCUGGAUGUGUUUUUUUUUUUAACAUUUCAAGGACCAAACCACCCUUUCUUGGGUGAGUAAGAAUUACUACCUCUGUGUUUUGAACCUUUGUUAUAUUGUGCACUGAAGUGGCUUGCAAACACACAUAAAAAGGAGAAAGUUGAAUUUAAUUUUGUCUCUAGAUCCUGAUGAUUUGGUACCAGUGAUAACAGGAUCCAUGGAGGAUUAGCCACCAGUCCUACUAUACCUCUCUUUGACACCAGAACUCACCAAUGUAUUUAUGCCAGGUUGUCUUGGCUUCUUGGAGUUGGAUAUUUGAGGUAGAAUUGGUUUUCCUAAGGAGAGGAGAGGGGGAAACUGCUCUCUUAUCAAUAUCCCUUCCAGGAGUGUUUAGUGGACCAGAAAAUGUUAUGUUGCUUGGGUCAAGAUUAGAAUGAAUUCAAGAGAAAAGAGUUGGGGAAAUGAGAGUGGAUAGGUUGGGACAAGGGUGGAUAACAAUACUGUCAAUAUUUCUCUGAGCCACUUUUUCUUGGUUUUCUACCUGUGGGAAUUGAUGAAGGAAGGGGCUUGUUACAACCAGGGCUUACCUUGAUUGGUGAGUUUUAUGGGCUUGUCACAUUUGAUAUUUUGCAGGAUGGGAGUUUUUGCUUUGUCUUUGGUGGGUGGAGAUUGGAGAUUAUAGGGAGCAACACUAGGGAAAGACUCCCUGUCUUCCAGCCACUAGACGUCAAUGAAAUGGAAUAGGAAAGAAAAUUGAGAUCCUUCCCCUUUUUGAUUUAUAAUGGGGAGACUCAUUAAAGCCCUGGUCCAUUCUCUGGAAAGGUGCCCUGGUAUAAGAAAGUACCUAGGAUGGGUGGCCAUGGGUACAAACAUAGAACACCCAAUACACAUUCACAACAAGUACUUCUGAGGGUGGAGUAGGUAGGAACUAAGUGUCCUAGCACAAGGUAUAUUGCCAUGAGAGGCUUAUAAUGACUUCUGCCUAUCAGGUUUUUCCUAAACACUUCCUUUCUACCUCCCCUCUCAUUCAUAUGGAGAGGAAAACAGGAGCUAAGUAUCACUAGCUCAAAGAAAUGGUGCCAAUGGGUCUGGUUUUGUAGGAAUCAUCCACUGAAAUAUUCCUAGCACAAAGGGCUAUAUAUACAUAUGUGUAUAUAUAUAUAUAUACAUAUAUAUAUAUGCAGAGUUUCUAAACCCACUGAAAUUUGAUAGACUACAUGACUAGGAUAUGACAGAGGGAAUUUGAAAGGAUGAGAGUUCUGCCAUUCUCUUCCUACUUGAUCUCCUUACAUUUCCUGUCACUGACUCUAAUAUAAGGCUAUUGAAUUUAGGAACUACAAGUUAUUUUCUUCUUUUGCAUUUCUAACUCCUCUUAAGGACUAGGGACUUUGGUCCCAGAGUUACCACAGAAAGCACAAAAUGUAUUUCCCAAUUCUCCUUUAUCUCUUCACACCUUUCUCCCUUCUACUUUGUUUGUUUUCUGAUCCAUAAAGGCAUUGUGAAAGGAUAAUUGAGUUGGAGCCAUGGUCAGCUUCUGAACUGAUUUCUAUUCCCAUCUCUUUUCUAUCAUUUGGACAAUCUUGGUGCUGUGAGUGAUUGUGACUAUAAAACUUUUGGAAUACUAUUGACUUUUCUGGUGUGAUGUUAGAAUGGAUGUGAAGGAACUGCCACCUUUCUGGGCAUGACCACCUCUCUGGGUACAUGUCCUGGUUACUGCAAUCCUUUUCUUCCCUUUGUGGGAUGCUCAAGAAGUUUCAUUUAAGUAUGAUGAAUCUGAGGUUAUCUGUCCUUGGCUUCUAAUUACAACAGUGUUACCAGCUGAUUCAGGGAUGCCACUAGGACAUCAGGGGAAGUUGAGAAGUCCAAAAUCUUCCAGAUCCUUUGAAACUUACUGAGUCCUCCUCUAGCUAAAAGGGUUCCUAUUGCUGAAAGGGGACCAAGGCAUCUCCUUCUCCCCACCCCACCUCCAACAAAGCUAAUUUCUCCUCAAUGAUAUCAUGGAAAGCCACACUUACUCCAAUUUCUGGAAAACCUUUCAUUCCAGAAAAUUUGAGGCUUCUAAGAUCUAGGGGGAGUAAUAGAAGGCUAGAGUAGCUACUUGGAACAGACUUCUUGUCUAGCACCAUAUUAAUUUCAUCAAAUAAUUUCAAGGUUUUCUCCCACUUAAUCCAAUAAUCAUGAGUGUUUGGGCAACAAUCUUUAUUACCUCUAUCUAGUGGGGGUGGGGGUGAGUAAAUCAGUCUCUCCACCCUUACACAGUAAAGACUUUCCUUCACCUUCCUCCUUCCAGAUAAAUAGGCCUGGGCAUUUUGUGCAAGCAAAUCAUUUAGCCAAGCUUACCAGAUGGGCUGGUCCUAAACAUUUGAUUAUUAGACUUACACAUUCCAGUUUUUUUACACUCUUAGGGACUUGGAGUGUGUGUACUCACUACAAAUUCAGAAUAGUCACUCAUGACAAGAGUAUUCCUAUGACAGAUGUUAAUAGGGGCUAAUAACAAUAUAGCUGUUUACCUACAUCCUAGGAGUAUUCGUAUUUCUGUAAAAACAAUAUCAGAGAUAUAUUUCUUGUAUUUCUGGUAAGAUUAUUGGGAUUUUUCUCCAAAGUACUUGACAACACUUGCAACUACUGAACCUCACAUCUAGUUAAGCAAGAAAAAAUACAUUAAAAUAAGAAACUACUAGAUAGGGGGCUUGUUCCCAUAUCUUUGUUCUAGAGCCUCUCCUCACAGGUAUGAAGUUCCUAGAUCUGUAGGGCAUAUCCUAUUGCUUGACCCUGAAUAUAAUUUUCUAUAGCUUCAGGUUUUUGAAAAAAAACGACUAUUUCCAAUAGGGUACACAGAGAUAUUUCCUUUCAUUCUUCUGAUUAAGUUUUAGCUGACAACUUAUUCCACCCCCAGACAAGACUGGUCCGGCCUGAAUAAUCAAUCAAUCAAUAAAACAUUUAUUAAGUGUAUAUUAUGUGCCAGGUCACAUGGAUAGUAAAGUAAAACGGUAACUCAAAGGAAGAAAAUGAAGAAAGGGGGAUCUUCAGUCCUGAGGGCUUCCCAAAACAAGAUAGAUAGAUGUAGGCAUGGAUGAUGGAAAUGGAAUAGUAAAGGAUACUAGGCAGAAUGAUCCAGAAGGUAGUACCAUCAUUGAUUGAACUGGAGAGUCAGAAGAAGAAGAAGCAAGUUUUCAGUUUUGGAUGGUGAGUUUAGUUUUGGGCAUGUUGAAUUUGAGAUGCCAAAUGGAAAUACCAAGGAUACAGUUGGAAAUAAGUUUUUGAAGUUCAGAAUAGAGACUGGAACCAUAACAGCUAAUAUUAAUUAAUAGCACUUACCUCCCAACAGUGUUGAUAAUAUAAUGAGAGAAUGUUUGUAAAGCACUUUGCAAAUCUGAAAGCACUAUAUAAGUUCUAUCAAUUAUUAUUCCAAGUGGUAUUUAUGUUAGAGCUUUGGACAUGGAAACAAGAAGACCUAUGCUUAAAUCCAGCCUCAGACACUUACUGGUUGUAUAACUCUGGGUAAUUCACUUAACCCCAAACCAUUUUCCUCAACUUUAAAAUGAGAAUAAUAAUAGCAUCUACUUCUGAGGGAUGUUGUGAAGAUCAAAUGAAAUUAUAUUUGUAAAAUGUUUUGUAAAAGUUAAUGUAGCACAGGAAUUCCAGCAAUUAAUUGUUAACAUUGUUAUGACACUUUAAAGUUUGCAAAGCACUUCACAUAUAAGAUGUCAUUUGACCAUUGAUCAUGAAGCAGGCAGCAUCUUCAUGGAGAUGUGACAGAAGAGUAGUAGUAAGAGACAAAGAUAAAGAACCAGGAGAGUAAAGUGUUAUGAAAAAAGUUUCAAAAUUCUCUUUAAGAAUUGCCCCCAAACAUUAGCAGCUCUUAAGUGUCUUCUUUUCCAUCCUUGACAUUCAAAAUAUUUCUUCUUCAAGUUCAAGUCUUUGGGGCAGCUGGGUAGCACAGUGGAUAGAGCCCCAAACCUGGAGUCAGGAGGAGAUGGAUUUAAAUCUGACCUCAGAUACUUCCUAAUUGUAUGACCCUGGGCAAGUCACUUAACCUCAACUGAUUAGCCCUAGCUGCUCUUCUGUCUUAGAAUUGAUGCUGACAGAAGAUAAGGCUUAAAAAAAAAGUUCAAGUCUUGCCUUUUGUUUCUUCUCUACUAAAUUCAUACAAAGUCAAUCAUGGUGGAGGAAAAAGGCUGAAGAAUUAAAGAACCCACAACAUUUGUUAAAUAAAUGAACUAUGCAAUGCUCUGUGCUGUUUUUAAGACUGUGGGGUGGGGGCAGAAAUAAUGAUACAAAAAUGAAUAAGAGACAGUCCUUGUCACCUAGGAGCUUAUAGCUUAGUAAAUAAACAUCUAAUAAAGUUAUGAAAGUACAGGAGGAGAGAGAGAAAACAUUAUGGGAAUCUCUACAAGAGAUUGCUUCUGGCUAGAAGGACCAGGGAGUUCUUUAGGGGAGAGGUGGCAUUUGAAAGCUGAGCCUUGAAAAAAAUUGGACUGGUAAUCUGUGUGUGUAUAGAUGAGGUAUGGAGUCAAGUUUGGUUUUAAGAAAAGAUACAUGAAAAGGAGUGAUGAUAAGGAAUAGAUUGCCUUGCUUCUUUCACUACUAAAGGAUGGAGAAGGAUAGAGGAGGGCAGGACAACCAGAAACGAAUGAGGCAAAAGCCAUCUACUACAAAAGGCUUAGUUUAAAAGGUCAAAAUUUUGACAAAAAUGUCUAGAUCACUUUCACUCAAAAACACCUAAGUUGUAAAUUCUUGCUAUAAAGAAUAAUAGUUUGAACAUGGAUAUAUGGACAAAAACAAAUCAGUGAUGAAGGCUUUCAAGUUCCAGUCCACUGAAAUCCAUAGAGGGAAAGGAUCAGAAUUAUUCACUUAUUCAGCAAGGAUAAUGUACUGGUUAUUGAAGAAACAAAUACAAAUAGCAGACUAUUUCUGUGCUUAAGAAGUUUAUAUCCUAACUUGAGGUAACAGCAGGAUAUCUGCAAAAUAUAGUGAUUAGGAAAGGGACACUAACAACUGGAGGAAUUAGGGAAUGCCUCUAUAAGAAUAUAGUGCUUAAGGAGCAGCUAGAUGACUCAGUGGAUAGAAAGAUACACCUAGAGAUGGGAGAUUCUGGAUUCAAAUGUGACCUCAGGUACUUCCUGGUUGUUAACCCUUAUUGCUCUUCUUCCUUGGAACAGAAGGUAAAGGGUAAAAAAAAAGAACACAGUACUUGAGUCUUUUUCUUUUUUAAACCCUUAUUUUCUGUUUUGGAAUCAACACUGUGUAUUGGUUCCAAAGCAGAAGAAUGGUAAGAGCUAGGCAAUGAGGGUUCAGUGACUUGCUCAGGGUCAUACAAUUAGGAAGCAUCUGAGAUCAGAUUUGGAACCUAGAACCACUCAUCUCUAGGGCUGGCUUCAAUCCACUGAGUACCUAGCUGCCUCUUGAGUUGAGUCUUGAAAAGAGUUCCAAGAAGUGGAAAUAAGGAAGAACCGCCAUCCUAAAGGUACAGAAAUGGAAAAUGAAAUCUUGUAUACAGAGACCCCACAGUUUGGCUCAAAUAUGGAGUAUAUGAGUGGGGAAUAAUGUGGUUUAAAAGAUAAGCUGAAGCCAGGUUGUGAAGGACUUUAUAUACCAAAUUGAGGAAUUUGUUUUUUAUACUAAGGACAAUGUGGAGGUAAAGAAGGUCUUUAAGCAAGAGGGUACUAUGGCCAUAUCUGUGCUCUAGGAAUAUCAAUUUAGCAGUUUUAUUGAAGAUAGAUUGGAGAAGAGUAACUGUAUUCAUGGAGACCAGUUAGGAAACUAUUGUCAUAGUCUAGGUAGAGUGAAUGAGGUCUUGGACUAGAGUGGAUUAAAGAGAAGAGUGUAGAUGCAAGACAGUUGAAGAGGUGGAAUUGAAAAAACUUGGCAACUGAUUGAAUGGAAAAAUGUUUGUAAAAGAGAUUUAAGAUUUUAGGAUGAUGCCUGGGUUUUAGCUUGAGCGAUCAAAAGAAUGAUGGUGUCCUCAACAAAUAUAUAGAAGUUAGGAAGGGGAGAGCCAGCUUAGGGCAAAAGAGAAUGAGUUCUAGUUUGGACACUGAGUUUGAGAUGCCUUAUGAGAUAUACAGGUGGCCAUGUCCAGCAGGCAGUUGAAAAUGUAGACCAGGAGCUAUGGAAAGAGAUGAAGGCAGGAUAGUGGUAGUAGUUGUUGGCCAUCAUAUUCGAAGAGGACCAAAAUGACAUCACUAUGUCAGGAUCAAUGAGUCUGUGUCUGUGUCUGUCUGAUGCUGGUCAGACCAAUAAAUAGGAGCCUGGAAGGCUCUACCACAGGUCAUGAAGAAAUAGCAGUAUGAACAUUUGGCUAGGGAUGUCUUUAAAUUUACACACCUAUGUUUCAACAAAAACCAAAUUCCAAUUCUGCUUUGCUCAUAGAGCACAGCACCUUCUUGGAUGUGGAAAUGCCAUGCUGGAUGAUCCUAUACCAGUGUCUCCCAUUUCCUCAGAAAGAUCUUGAGAGUGUCCUCUUACCUAUUGCUUCUUCUGACCCCCGUGUGAGUUGGAUAUAUAGGUUUGGGAAUGAUCUGCUUUAUAAUGAUAGUUAAAUACCUGGGAGCUGAUGGGAAUAUGAAGAGAAAGAAGGUAGGGAGAAGAAGAGAGAGUUCAUAAUAGAGCCCUGGGACUCUACCUAGGGAGAGGGGGUUGUACAUGGAGGAUGAGCCUCCAAAGGAUCCAAAGAAGGAACAGGUAGGUAAGAGAACCAUGACAGAGCACUGACUCAAAAACCCAGGGAGAAGAAGGAAUAAUGAAGAUUUUCAACAGUGUCAAAUGCUACAGAAAAGUUGGGGAAUUUGAAGACUAAGAAAAAGAUGUUUAGAUUUAGAUCAUCAGUGGCCUUAGAAAGAGCAGUUUCAUUUGACUAGUGGGAAGAUGGAAACCAGAUUGCAAGGGGGUGAGAUGUGAGAGGGAGGCGAGAAAGUACAGGCAACAAGUGAAGGCAGUCUUUCUAGGCAUCUGGCUGUGAAAAGGUUAUAGGAUAACUUUAAGAGAAAGAACAAAGUACAUUUAAAGGCUCUUAGGAGAGCAGAUCAGAGUCCUGAAAGCUCCCAGGGAAUCUUUAUCGAAUUCUAACCUUUACUCCCUUCUACUCCUUUCUCUUCCCUUCUCAUCACCUCUAACCAUGCAGCAUGAUAGAGUGGAAAAAACCCAGGAGACAUGAGUUCCAGGACCAGCUCCAUCACUUAGCUAGCAGAGUGACUGACUUUGGGCAAAGUCCCUUCAUCUUUGGGCUUCCGUUUCUUCAUUUAUAAAAUGAGGGGGUUAGAUGAUGACAAGAACUCUAAGCUUCCUCCCAGCUCUCAUCUUCCUCUGAUACCAAGUGUGAUCAUGAAAAAGAGAUGGCAGCUGGAGCCUGGGAGAUAGAAGGAAGUUGCAAUCUCACUAGCAUCCAUCACAAAAUUUUUUUUUCUUUUAAAAAUAUAACUAGAUUCUGUUCUGAAAAUAAAAAUUUGAGACUUGUGA